UUGUUCCCUGGGACACUCUGAUGUCCGAAGGCGACAGGAGCCGGGUCCCGAUAGUGGGCAGAGCUCAGAUCAAAGGCGACAGCAGCAGGACGCCCUCGCGAGGGAGAAAAGUUGCACGGACUCCGCAGGGGCCAACUCUUGUGUCCCGGCUCUGGGCAACGCUUAGCGCUCCAAGGCCGCGGCUGUCAGUCAGCACUCUCGGCCCCGCCCCUCCCAGAGCUGGGCCAAUCGCAGCCGGGGGUCGGGGGUGAGGCGACGCAGCGGAGUCAGGAAGCCAGGGCCGGGCGGCCUGGUGCUGCGGCUAUUGAGCAGGUUGUCAAGGUCCCGGGCAGCUGGAGAGCGCACGGCGGGAGGCCAGACCUGGAUGGAGCAGAAAGAAUGGUAUAAAAAUGAAAAACCUCAACAUGUGCUUCAAAUGUGACAAGAAAAGAAUAAGGGCUAUCAUGAUUGAGUUCAGACUUUACACUGAAGGUUGAUACAGAGGCCCUGUUUGAGUUUCCUGAGCAAUACAGCAAAUUCCUGUUGGCUAUCUCAUUUACAUAUGGUAAUCCAUCUGUAAAGACAUGGAGUUUUGAGCAAUGAAAGGAGCCAUGGGUCGGCCAUGGGUGAUCAAGACACAGCCAGACAAUGUGGAUCAACUUCUUCAAACUACGGCUGUUCUGCUGUCUGCUUGCAGUGUUGAUGGUGGUGGUGCUGGUCGUCAAUGUUACUCAGGUAGAGUACUUGGACCGUGAGACUGCUUCAGCCACAUUCAUAGACAGUGGUGGACAGUUUGUUUCCUCCCAGGUGAUAAGGAUCAGCCGGAAUCCUUACUGCGGCUAUGAGCGCCAGAUUCUGUCCAGCCGGGAGCGCCUGGAGGAGGACUCCUUGUUGGCUGCCCUACAGUGGCAGGAGCCUGACGUGGGCCCCGUCCCCUUUUUGAAGAGCACCGACCCUUCUUCCAGCUAUUUUGUCAUCUUGAACUCUGCAGCCUUCUUCAGGGUGGGAAGCCAGCUAGAGGUGCUGGUUCAUGUGCAGGAUUUUCAAAGAAAGCCCAAGAAAUAUGGUGGAGACUACCUGCAGGCCAGAAUCCACUCCCCUAAGCUACAGGCGGGGGCCGUGGGCAGAGUGGUGGACUACCAGAACGGAUUCUACAAGGUCUUUUUUACUCUGCUCUGGCCAGGUCAAGUUAAAGUGUCCAUAUCUCUGGUCCACCCCAGUGAAGGGAUCCGAGUUCUUCAGUACCUGCAGGAAAAGAAACCAGAUAGGGUCUAUUUCAAGAGCCUCUUUCGGUCAGGGAGGAUUUCUGAAACUACAGAGUGUAACGUGUGUCUUCCAGGGAGUCUUCCCCUGUGCAACUUCACAGACCUAUACACUGGAGAACCCUGGUUCUGCUUCAAACCAAAGAAGCUCCCUUGCAGUAGCAGAAUUAACCAUUUCAAAGGCGGAUACCUGAAGGGCCUCCUAACUGCUACAGAGAAUGCUUUCUUCCAGAGUGGUGUCAAUAUCAAAAUGCCAAUCAACUCCAGUGGACCUGAUUGGGUGACUGUGAUUCCCAGGAAUAUAAAAGAAACCAACAGCCUAGAACUAUCUCAAGGCUUAGGAACUUUUCCUUCUGGUUAUUAUUACAAAGAUCAGUGGAGGCCCAGGAGAUUUAAGAUGCGCCAGUUUAAUGACCCUGACAACAUUACAGAAUGCUUACAGAGAAAAGUGGUGUACUUCUUUGGUGACUCGACAAUCAGGCAAUGGUUUGAAUACCUCACUACGUUUGUUCCAGAUUUAGUGGAGUUUAACUUGGGGAGCCCCAAGAAUGUGGGUCCAUUCCUGGCAGUGGACCAGAAGCACAACAUCCUGCUCAAAUACCGCUGCCAUGGUCCACCCAUCCGCUUCACGACCGUCUUUAGCAGUGACCUCCGUUAUGUGGCUAAUGAGCUGAAUGGCAUCGUGGGAGGGAAGAACACAGUGGUUGCCAUAGCUGUGUGGUCUCAUUUCAGCACCUUCCCCUUGGAAGUGUAUAUUCGGCGGCUCAGGAACAUCCGUCGGGCUGUGGUCCAGCUCCUGGACCGAAGCCCUAAGACUGUGGUAGUCAUCCGGACAGCUAAUGUCCAAGAGCUGGGACCUGAGAUUAGCCUUUUCAACAGCGACUGGUAUAACUUUCAGCUGGACACCAUCCUUCGGAAGAUGUUCUCAGGGGUUGGAGUGUAUCUUGUUGAUGCCUGGGAGAUGACCCUGGCCCAUUAUCUACCCCACAAGUUACAUCCAGAUGAAGUUAUUGUGAAGAACCAAGUGGACAUGUUCUUGUCCUUUGUGUGCCCCUUGGAGACCUAGCCUGCCAGAGGGAACUGGAGGAAUCACUUUCAGUGACCUUCUCUUUCACCUGCACUACAAAAAGAUAAACUUUUUUACAUAGGUGCCCUAUGGAGAGAUGGCUUCUAUAUGUAUUUAAAAUUUAGAAAGGAGCUGGACUUUAUAUAAUCAUUGUAAGGAGCUUGGAAAAUGCAGAUUACUUAUAUCUACCUAUAGGAUUUUUUUCCUAUCUUGACUUAGCCACGGGUGAACCAUUAUUAACAGCAUAUACACAUUAUACUGCCCUUGUAACCAAAGAUACUAAUGAGUGUGUCUGAACUAGCUUCUCUUGGCAGGGGAUAUUACUGUGCUAUAAAGUGUGAAAAAUGUUCUGACCUAAGUGGAAGGGGCAAGUUUGGUUGGCAGUGGAGUGUUUGUAGUUUAUCUGGUAAAGGAGCAUAUUUGCAUGAAUAGCAUAAUUGGUCCAUCUUCAGUGGAGGUGAAUUAACCCAAGGCUUGCAGUCAGUGGCUCCUGUAACACACUGAAGACAGCUGUGUCUCAAGAGUUUCUUUUGAUGAUCCAGUUUUUUUCUGAAUUACUUGAAAAGGCCAGUAUCCUUGGUCAGAACUUUCUAAUGAGAAUAUUUACAGUGUCCUACUUUAAUCUGGAAAAGAAGCAAAAGGGAAAGAUGAAAGCAGUAUAUAUAUAAUUGAUAUUUGUAUUGGGUGAUUGUUACUUGAUUCAGCUAAGGAUGAACACUUAUUAUAAAAUAGCCACUUUUGGAACUGAAAGGGAAAAUAUAUAAAGGCAGCUUUAUUUUUGUGUUCUGAAGUUCAAGGGUUUUAAGAAUUGACUUUUAUGUAAAGAUUGCUAUUGUUUGUUAUAAAGUUGUGCAAAUUAUUUCCAGCAAUACUGAGUGUUUCUUUUUUGGUUGUUAUUUUGAAUUGCAUACCCAAAUUAGAAAUUAAAAUCUAAUUAAAAAUUAAAUAUGUAUUGAAA